ACGAUGUUUAUCAUUCUGUGACCCAACGACCGUCCAACCUGGAUAUAACUGAGAGGAAUCCUUUAUGCUGUGUUGUUGUUGUUUUAAGUCGUGGAACAGGCCUGUCAGUCUGUUGUCGUUUUUAUGCUCCGGCAUGAGUUCAACAGGUGGCGUGUCCACUUUUAGAAACAUGCUGCUGCUGCUCGUGCGCUUUUCCAAUGCUCUGUGAAGAGAGUCGCGUGAGCUCGUGAUAGGAUUCAGAAACGUAACUUUAUUUGUCGGUGAUGACCGUUUCGACAAUUACAAAGAAAUAAAGGGAGUGUAGUUGCACCGUGGUUUUUUUUUUUUUUUUUAAUUUAUUUUUGAAGAUCUGCUAUUUAUCCGGUGUUGUGACAAUCACAUCUACCUCCAGGAGGAUGAGGAGUAGUUAAAACUGUCGUGUUUUUUCAGAUCCCAGAAACCAGUUUUCCUUGGAUAAAUUUCGACUAAAUAUAGAUCACAAUGGCUGUGUUCAAACAGCAGCAAGUGGAGAAUUUCUAUGAGAUUGGAGAGGAACUUGGCAGUGGGCAGUUUGCAAUCGUUAAGCAGUGUCGUGAAAAGAGUUCAGGCCGGGAUUUCGCAGCCAAGUUCAUUAAGAAGCGUCAGAGUAUUGCUAGCCGGCGAGGUGUGCUCCGAGAAGAGAUAGAGCGAGAGGUCAACAUCCUACAGCAGAUACACCAUCCCAAUAUUGUCAUGUUACAUGACGUGUUUGAGAACAAGACAGACGUGGUGCUGAUUUUGGAGCUGGUCUCUGGAGGAGAGCUUUUUGACUUUUUGGCAGAGAAGGAGUCUCUAAGUGAGGAGGAAGCUACACAGUUUAUUAAACAGAUUUUAGAGGGCGUGCACUAUUUGCACACAAGGAAUAUUGCUCAUUUUGACCUGAAGCCUGAAAACAUCAUGCUUCUGGAUAAGAACGCUCCUCUGCCCCGAAUCAAACUCAUUGAUUUUGGCUUGGCCCACAAGAUUGCCGAAGAGGUUGAGUUUAAAAACAUCUUUGGAACACCAGAGUUUGUUGCUCCGGAGAUUGUUAAUUAUGAACCACUGGGAUUGGAAGCGGAUAUGUGGAGUGUUGGUGUUAUAACAUAUAUCCUGCUGAGUGGGGCAUCUCCUUUCCUAGGAGAAACGAAGCAAGACACUCUGGGAAACAUCUCAGCCAUGAACUAUGAGUUUGAUGAUGAAUUCUUUGGCCACACCAGUGAGCUUGCCAAGAAUUUUAUACAACAACUGCUGGAAAAGGACACCAAAAAGAGACUCACAAUUCAAGAUGCCUUGAACCACCCCUGGAUUAAGUCUAAUGAGCAUAAAGAGGAACGCAGCAAAGCACCAGAGAGGAAGAGAGAGCGUAGGCAGCUUAAGACGAAGCGUCUCAAAGAGUACACCAUCAAGUCCCACUCCAGUAUGCCUCCUAACAACACCUACAUCAACUUUGAACGCUUCGCACAGGUGGAGGAGGAUGUGUCGGCCAUGGAGGGCACUUUCUGCCAGCUGGCGUCGGCCCACGACUCCCUGCAGGAAGACAUCGAUGCACUGGUGUCCAUCUACAAUGAGAAGGAGAUGUGGUACAAAGAAGAAAGCGAAAGCAUCAGGCAUGAGUUGUCCCAGCUCCGCUAUGAGUUUCGUAAAGUCGAGGCACAGAGGAGGGGCGUUCACGAAGACAUGAGGAGUGUGGAUGCCAGCGUGAGCCGAGUGAGCGAGAGAUACAAGGAGAGGCAGACUCGUUACGAGGCCUUGCAAAAGGAGCUGUGUGCCGAGCUGCAGUGGGUGCAGGAAGUGGUGGGCUCUUUCCAGGUCACUUUCCCAAACUGCAGCUUUAGCAGCGUGUUUAAUACAGAUGUCAACGAGGCACUGAAAGAGCUGCUGAAUAGAUCCUGUGGAGGAGACCUGCUGACGGGCAGCAGUCUGGACCAGCAGAGAUGACACAUUAAUAACCCCCCUUACCACUGAUCACACAUCGUUAUAUAAACAAAGGCCAGAUAAAUGUGCUGAAGAGACUGCGCUGGGGAAUAUAGACCUGAAUAAAAGCAGGUAUGGGACCCUUGACAGUUUUGCAAUACAAGUACAUAGACGUAAACAAAAUAGAAAAUUAAAAUUGGUCAAGCAAACUCCACUGGGCAUAUAUAUAUAUAUACAGUAUAUUAGUUCAACACAUGAAUGAAAUGGUGCUACAAAGUUUAUUUUUUCUUCUGUUUUGUCCUUUUCUCUUUUGCCUAUCAAUAUAAAACAGAUCUGAUUUUGAGUUGUAAAAUCACAAAAGAAAAUGUUAUAUUUUGAUCUGUUAUUAUGUGUUAGGUGUAUUUAAAAUCACUAUGCGUCCUAUUUAUGUUACAUGAUAAGCUGUAAUUUGUUCAGGGAGUGUUUACACAGAGGUUGUCCACCUUUGGUUAUUUGUGUACCAGAUCAGAUUAAGUUGAAAUGCCAAGCUUAUGUGAUUAAACCCUGUUAAAUUAUUAAAUAUG